AAUUUGAAAGUAUUAGGAAAAGGGUUCGGGCUUGCUGUUCUCCAUUACUUCUUCCUCCUUCACCAUAGCUGUCACUCGUCACACAGAAGAGCGAGAGAGAGACAAGAAGGGGAGAGAGGGAGAGUUCCAAAGGAUCUACUGCUCUAGUCCGCCAUUUUUAUAACCGCUCGCCAUCGUUCGUAGCUUUGGUUUGUUUGCGCGACUCGCUAUUGUUAACUUUGAUUUAUAUCAUUAUAUUUAUCAUUGCGAGAAAGAACGAAAGAAGAUGCUUCCGCUUUCGUUGCUCAAGUCCGCACAAGGGCACCCUAUGUUGGUAGAACUGAAAAAUGGGGAGACAUACAACGGUCACCUGGUUAACUGCGACACUUGGAUGAACAUCCAUCUCCGUGAAGUUAUCUGCACCUCAAAGGAUGGAGAUAGGUUUUGGCGAAUGCCAGAGUGCUAUGUUAGGGGUAAUACAAUCAAGUAUCUCAGAGUUCCGGAUGAGGUGAUUGAUAAAGUUCAAGAAGAGACAAAAAGCCGUUCUGACAGAAGGCCACCUGGAGUGGGGCGUGGAAGAGGAAGAGGAGGUAGAGAAGAAGGCUCUAAAGCAAAAGGUGUGGGCCGUGGUUUGGAGGAUGGAGGAGGCCGGGGUGCAGGUGCUGGUCGAGGCAGGGGUGGAGCUGGAGGAAGGGCUGCUGGAAACAGAGGUCUGUCUUUAACUCUAUGUUUUGUUUUCACUUAUGAUUUCAUGGACUUACAACAAGGUUUGAUGAUGCACUGAUUGCUUUGCUUAUUUUGUGACAGGUGGUGGUCGAGGCCGAUGAAGUUGCCAGAUCACUCCAGUCUGAAGUGUGUGUGGUCGUACUAUUUUUUUUAGACCACUUGCUACUUGUGACGGGACAUUGUCUUUCAACCGUAAUAGAUUUUUAUUUCCAGUUCAAUUUCUCGAACGAGCUAUUAUGUAUUAAGCCUGCCCGAGCAAUAUGCGUUGGUUUUACUAUUUUGUUUGUAGCUUGGUUUUACGAUGUUAAUCUCAGUAUUACCAGCCCAAGUACGUGGAUUUUCUGUGAUUCUAUAUUUUGAUCUGGAUGGUUACUAUUUAGGAUAACAGUUUCAUACAUAAAAUGCUUGUAUUUGAUUC